CAAAAGUUGUCAAAUUUGCGUACUUUUUGAAAAUUCGUGCUAGCGCGAGAAAAACAAACAGAAUUCUUAUUAGAUUGCUAAUUUCAAGGUCUCACUCGCCGGUUGAGAAAUAUUUACCGGCGCCACUGCCUGUUACGUAAGUUUAAACUGUUUACGUAAUUCAUAGGAAUAGUGACGCGGUAUAACCUUGAUCAUGACUGGAAGCGUUUGGGCGUUUAGUCGCGCGUUAUCGUCAAUAAAAACUCGUUUGAUAAGUAAAGAACUCGCCAAUAUCUGUGUGCCGUUCAGCGCAGUCAGGUGCUUUUCAGUUACACAGGCUAGAAAUAUGAAGCUCGUACAGUUUACUUACAACACCAAACCAGACGAGGUUAGAGCGGGUUAUAUGGAGGGAGACGACGUAGUAGACCUAAAUAAAGCUGACGGAUCCCUUCCUCUAAAGUUGGUGGACAUUCUGAAGUUGGAUUGUGCUGUAGAAAGGAUUGCUCAAAUAAAGGCUAAAAAGCCUCAAGGGGUGCCCCUAAGUGGAGUCAGGUUGGAGGCUCCUAUCACAAACCAGGAUAAAGUGAUUGGCGUCGGCCUGAACUAUCUGGACCACUGCAAAGAACAGAACUUAACACCACCAGAGGUGCCGAUGAUCUUCAGCAAGUUCUCCAGCGUGAUUAUUGGGCCCAAUGACGCUGUGAAGUUGAGGACUGAAAUCACACAGAGCGUAGACUGGGAGGUGGAACUAGCGGUGGUCAUCGGCAAGGAAUGCACCAUGAUCGACGCCAAGGACGCCUACAAUUACGUGCUGGGAUACACCGUGGCCCAGGACAUCAGCGCUCGGGACUGGCAGAAGAAGAAGAACAGUGGCCAGUUCAUAUUGGGCAAGUCCAUGGACACCUUCUGCCCAAUUGGACCCUGGAUCGUCACGGCAGACGAGAUCAAAGACCCUCAAUGCCUGGACAUCAAGUGUACCCUCAACGGCGUGGUGAAGCAAAACAGCAAUACCUGCCAGUUGAUACACAAGAUACCUGACGUCAUCGCUAGACUGGCCUCAGUGAUGACUCUAUACCCCGGGGACAUCAUUCUAUCCGGGACACCAGGAGGCGUUGGGAUGCACAGGAACCCACCGGAAUUCCUCAAGCCGGGAGACAAGCUGAUCAGUGAGAUACAAAGCAUAGGCACUUUGGAAACUAGAGUCGUGAAAUUCGAUCAGUGCGGUUGUAAGUAGGCAUAGGAGCUGUUAGAUUAUACAGGAUGUUGAUUUCAAUCCUCGCCAUGUUUAUCUUCUUGUUCUUUCCGUGUCGACAACAAACCUACACAGUGUUAGCCCAAAACUCCGCCACAAGAGUGGCGUUGUCAGCAGCACUCAUCAAAUCCUCCUGAGUGCAGUUGCUUGGGCAGUAAAAAAAUUACUUCUAAAAAAAUUUAAAACGAACUUUAACUUUAGUUAGUCAAAGAAAAAUACCUAUGUAUUUACACUAUCUACUUUACGUGGCUUCCUUUAAGUAGGCUAUCCGACAUGAUAAGCAAGCAAUCCGCGUAUCUCGAAGGUGCCGCAGUGGAAAAUAUUCGAUAAAAAUUCCACUUUCGUUUUAAAUUAUGUUUGGUGGAUAACGCGUUUUUUUAAGUCAUAAUAGAUCACCUAAAUAAAUAUGGCCAGGAUUGAAAUCAACGCCCUGCAGAGUCAGAGUCAAAUAGUUUGUGACACCCAAAGUAGCCAACAAGUUCGCAACACGUCUUUGUUACAAUUGGAAUAAGGUUAUGUUGUCAACUUUUUGGCCACUUUGGGUGUCCUGAACUAUUUGACGCUGACUGUACAACCCUAUCGAGCUGCGCAUCUCGCUGAAAUGCGAUUCUCCCUCGCACUCACCCGCACGCCUCCUACCGUCCGUAGCAGAGCAUCGAUGUGACGUCACGGCUGCCAGAUGCGCAGUUAACUCGACUAGGUUGUAUGUUAAAAGAAGUCGAUUGCCACCUUUUUUUAAAAU